AUUCGUUUUUUCGUUGGUUUUCUUCGUUGAUGAUCGAAGAGGUGGAAAGAAGUUUUACUCAUCGUGCGUAGAAAAGUUUUAUACAAUUUCACUUAUGAAUAUUGGAAUAAAGACAAAAUAAAAGUGCUUAAAUUUGAGGCUAGAAAGAUUGUGCGUGUGCGUGCCAAUAGGAAAGCAAAAUUGCAUAUUUCUACGGUGUGAAAAAAGUGAAGCAGCAGCAGUACCGAAAACGGUGAAGAAAAAUCCAAUUGGACUUGAAACCAGAUAGAAAAGCAAAGGACAAGUCGUCAUAUGCGAAGAGUUAAACAAAGAGCAAAGCAACAACGAAAAAUUAGGAAUUAAAGAGAAGCAGUGAAAGUGGAAUACACAAACAGGAAAAAAUUGACAGUUCGCUACGAAUGUUGCUAAAAAGUAACUACAUUCUUGUCCAGCUCCAAUUGUCCAUGGCAUAGGGUCACUGUUCUGGUAGAAACCUCAGAAACAAUAACGAAACUUUUGGCCACAAAGCAUUGUAAAACUUUGGUGGAAACAAAGAUCAGAAGAGCAUAAAAGCAACGGAAAGAAAGGUGCUUAGCCCAUCUUAACGCCUUUUCCACACUGCUACUGCUGUGGCUCGUCUUUCGUUAACGUGUCUUGAACUCUAGUAUUACAUAUUACCUGUGCCCUGUACGCCCCGGAAACAUCGGAAUACUCAUACCUGUCACACGCCACCUUCACUACCACAGCCAACAACAGUGCCACUUUCAACGUUAAAGUGAAGUUUGUGCCUACUGCUAAACUAGUUAAAAUCGUGACUUGUUCUUGUCGCAAAUAUUUCUAAGUGGCAAGAGCCUACGAGGAUAGAAGUGCUUCGUUCCUGCUGUAUUGCUUCUUAGAUUUAUCCACAAAUUUUGUUUUUUUCUAACUGAAACGCACCAACAGUGAAAACAGUAAAUAAGUGAAAAGUUGCUGUGAAGGUACGAUUAAAAUAUUGGAUAUGGCGCUCGAUAUGGGACUGCCCGUAAAUGGCACCAAUGCGCUGACAUCAUCCUUCACGUCGAAGAAAAAAGAUGCAUCCACUGCAGCCGAGGAGAAUUUAUGGUCUGCAAUUUUGAGUGAAGUACAAAAACAAGGCAGCACAAAACUUCCAUCAAAUAAAUCAGUACUAGUAUUAGGCGAUAAUGCCACCGGCAAAACGACGCUUAUUGCGAAAUUGCAAGGUGUCGAAGAUCCGAAAAAGGGUUCAGGUCUGGAGUAUGCGUAUAUCGAUGUGAAAGAUGAGUACAGAGAUGACACAACCCGAUUAGGUGUCUGGAUUCUUGAUGGCGAUCCAGGGCAUACAAAUCUGCUGCGUUAUGCUUUGAACGAAACGAACUUUGAACACACCCUCGUCAUACUUACAGUCUCAAUGACGGAGCCAUGGGCUUGGCUGGAUCAAUUGAAUCACUGGAUUAAAGUGCUCUCCGAUCACAUUGAGAGCAUGAAGUUGGAGCCACAAGAGAAACAAGAGGCACGACAGCGGCUAAUCACUACAUGGCAGAGUUAUUGUGAGGUGGGCGAUGAUUUGGAUCCCGGGUCGCCAGUAAAACGUACGAUGAGAAAUAAUUCGAUUGAUGACGAUGAUCUGCUGCCGCUCACCGAGGGCGCGUUGACAACGAAUCUCGGUCUGGAUAUCGUUGUAGUGGUCACAAAGACGGACUACAUGACAACGCUGGAAAAGGAGUACGAUUAUCGAGAUGAACAUUUUGAUUUCAUACAGCAGUGGAUACGACGCUUUUGCUUGCAGCAUGGCACAUCACUUUUUUACACAAGCGUUAAAGAAGACAAGAACUGUGAUCUCCUAUAUAAAUAUUUGACACAUCGAAUUUACGGCUUACCAUUCCGAACGCCUGCGUUAUUUGUCGAGAAGGAUGCGGUUUUAAUUCCUGCAGGUUGGGAUAGCUUGAAGAAAAUAAGUAUUUUAUACGAGAAUAUGCAAUCGUGUAAGGCAGAGGACUACUACGCAGACAUUAUCUCGCCACCACAAUCCAGAAAAACUGUUGCUAAUCGUGAAAUCGAAAUGCAAACCGAAGAUGAACAGGCCUUUCUGUCGCGACAGCAAGAGAUCCUCAAACAAGGCGGCCAGCCGCGUGGCGAUUCACCGCUGCGCCAUCAAGGCGGCACCAACAAGGGCAUGCAACAACGCACACCUGGCUCCGGUGGUCAGGGUUCACCCAUUAAGGUAAGCGUGAAGCCGACACCAGCUACACCGGGCAACGAAGGUGUGCUCGCCAACUUUUUCAAUUCGCUGUUGCACAAAAAAUCGGGUUCACCCGCUACGCCUGCCACCCCGCCCAAUGCACCGAAUGCGAGCAGUACACCACGUACGAAUGGCACCGAUGGUGCCAUUGAUAAGUUGGCGAUGCGCUCCGAUGCAGCUGCCGAACUUGAUCGCCUAACGAGAAGUGCGAAAAAAGAAAUGGAUUAUUCACAAAGCGAGUGUUAAGCAUAGCGAAGAUAGUGUUUUAAUGAAGAAAAGCAAGAAAACACAUAAGAACAAGUAUAACACCACAGUGCGCUUCUGAACAAUCGUUGGAAUGAGGAAUGAGCAACAAAAACAAGUUAGCAAGAUAAAUAUAAGUUAAAUAUGAAGUGAGUGAAACUUAUGUGAAUGUAAGCGGUAAUGACGAGUGUAAUGAAAAGAAAUCCCAAAGGGAGUAAAUUUAUACAUACUAAACCCUUACUAGCCUCUACGAGCGAAAUUAACGGAUUCAUUACGAGAACAAUUCACUCAAAUAACGAGAAACUCCCAUGUAGAUGGUUAAAAAGAUAUACAUAUUUGCAAUUUCAAAGCAAACAAAACAAAUGCAUAAUGCUAGCUACUAAGCAAAAGCAACAGAAGUGAAUGAAAAAAAAAAACAAAUUUACACUAUUAUCUUGCUCUAAGUUGAAUCAUGUGUGACGCCCACAUUAGUUAUUUUGUUGGUUCCCCAAGUUGCUUCAAUUUUAUAGUAAUUAUUUUAAAUAUUUUUUAAACGAUCUAAUAAAUGCAAUACCUUUGCAAUUGUUUAUUUAAGCGUUGAAAUUGCUUUAAACAAAAAAAUUGAAUUAUUUAUGUAUUAUUGAAGCAUGGUAAAAUAGCAAAGGGAAGAUAAAAUAAUUAAGCUUGUUUUAAGUUGGCACAGGUUCAAAUACAUUGUCGGACGUUGUUGGCCGAAGCGUAGGUAGGCAAAAAUUAUUUCUUUCAACGCUGCUCAAACAACAUACAUGAAAUAAUAGAAAGUGAGCACUUGGAGAGUUUUAGAGAAGGCGGCGUCUACAUAUGUUUUUAAAGCAGUUUUAAGCCGUUCUAAUGCGUUUGUGUUCCAAGUAAAUGAUUUUGCUUUAGCGUAAUUACGAAUAAGAGCUUGGCAAUAUUGGCGAAAUUGCCAUUCUUUAUUUUUAUAUGCUAAUUUUUAUUAUUUUUUGCUCAAAGCUAAAAAGUACACUGUAAUUUUAUAUAUUAAAUUUAAUUUAAAAACAUAAUAUUUUCAAUUCUAAACUGUGCAUAAAACAAAUUCAUAAAAAAAA